AUGAAGGUCACUUCGGCUAUUGCGUUUUUCUCUCUUCUGGCCUCUGGCCAGGCCACCGGAGCGUACUGGGGCUCUGACAGACACUAUUCCAGUCCGGGAAGAUCGCCUAACAAGUGUAACGCCUAUCAGAUCAAGGGCUUCAGCUGGGCUGACCUCGCUGCUGGCUCUUUCUCCGAGUAUGGUGGCUUUUCCUUCUCUGGUUUCACUUGUGGCAAUGGCUUCGGUUCUAGCCUUGGCAAGCGUGGCACCCAGAAAUGUAUUUCCGGUACCGUCUCUAAGGGUGGCUCCCCCAGCUCUAGUGCUGUCUCCGGCUCUCAAAGCUCCAGAUCUUCGGCUCCAUCCUUCGCGUGCGGCUCGGACGAGAGCGGCUUCUCUGUGACUAACUUCCACAUUGCCACUGAGAAGGAUACCGAAUUGUACAUCAUCUACAGCAUGCCCGAUGGAUCCACUUGCAAGAACACUGCUUCCUGCAAUUCGGCUGGUACUGUCGUCACCAACGACCAGUGCGGUGGUGCCAAGUUUGUUCACUUCGAGCUGCCCGACGAUAGUGCACAUGAGAGCUGCGGCUUCGGCAUCUACAGUGUUGGCUUUGACUGCACUCCUGGUUCCACAACCACUUUGCCUGUCCUUUCCAGCACUGCUCCUGUGACCAGAGUUCCAUAUGAACGGAUCUCUGUGUCUGCUGCCCCCAGCUCUAUAGCCGUGCCUUCGCUCUCUGUGCCAGGUUCUAUUGCGGUUCCAGUCACCACCUCGGCGGCUAGCACACCUCUUCGGAUGACUACAUCGACUGUGUUCACCACCAGUUUGCUCACUAUCACCAGCUGUGCUCCCACUGUCACCGAUUGCCCUGCUGGAUCAGGUUCCACCACUGUGGUGACUUCCACCAUCGCUCUUUCCACAACAAUCUGCCCCGUCACGGAGACUGCUCCUGCCGGGGAGACUACUCCUGUCGCUACAAGCUCGUCUUCUGUGCUUGCAACUGCUAGCCCCAGCGGUGUUUUACCUGCCAGUUCAUCGGCUGGUAUUCUCUAUCCAAGUGACACAUCUGCUCCCGCAUCUUCCGUUUCAGCUUCUUCAUCUCCUUCUUUUUCGCCUACUAAAAGCGGGACCCCCGCUGGAGCUUCUACCGCUUCGACCCCGCUAAUCACAACUCCCGUCCGGAUGACUACAUCAACCGUGUAUACCACCAGCAAGGUCACCAUCACCAGCUGCGCCCCCGACGUUGUGAGCUGCCCAGCAGACUCAACCACAGUCGUUACUUCCACCAUCGCUGUCUCGACCACUGUGUGUCCCGUCACUGAGACUACCCCAGCUGAUGUCGGCUCCACGCCUCUGUCUACAGGCACUGGCCCAACUGGCAUCUUGCCCGUCAGUUCUCCAGCUGGAUCAUCUUUCCCCAGUGGCACUCCAGCUGCUUCUACGUCAGUCGAGACCUCCUUGGCUUCCGGCGUGAUCUCUUUACCUUCUGGUGUGACCUCCGAUGUCUCGUCCCCUGCACCUUCGUCUCCUGUCGGCACUACCCCCUCCUCUGGUGAAGCUAUCACCACUAUCGUUACUUGGGAAACUGUGACCACUUGCCCGGUGACCAAUACCGUUACCUCCGGUAGCUCCACAUUUGUGACUACCUCAAGCACUAUUUCGACUGUUACUUUGACUACUGUCUCUACAAUCUGCACUGAUUGCUCUACUAACGCCACCCCCGUUGCUGGUCAAAGCACAGUUAACCUCUCUGGCACACCCGGAGCUUCGAGCACUGUGGUUUCCAGUACUAGAAUAUCCGGUACUCCUGAGGGAUCAAGCCCAGUCUUUUCUUCGUCUGCAGAGGCCUCCAGCCCCCUCCCCAGCGGGCCUGAUGUCACUAGCUCGAUCCCCUCUAGCGUGGGCGCUGAUACCACCCCUACGAUUCCCCAAGCUUCGACUGCUACUGCUAUAACUUAUGUAACUGAAACCAACAGUCCUGUGAUUGCCACCAUCACUUCUGUGUCAUCGAUAUUUGCCACGACAUCUAGCUCGGUAUUCACUGUUACUCUGACCUCCACUCCUUCUCUCUCCAGCUCUGUUGCUGCCGGAAGCACUCCCGCUCCCUCUGAGGUAGGGGCUGGCUCCAUAACUGCUCCUACGGGCCCCGUUGUCACGAUUAUCAGCUCCUCUAGUGUCGGCGUGAGCUCUGCACCCACUAUUCCCGAGGGUGCCACUACUACAAUUGUGACUUAUGUGACCGAGACCACCUGCCCUGUCACUGCCACUAUCACGUCUGGAUCGUCAACUUUUGUCACGACAUCCAACACAGUUUCAACUGUUACCUUGACCUCCACUUCCAAUCUUCCUAGCUCUUUCGCUGCCGGGAGCCCUCCCGCUCCCUCUGAGACAGGUGUCACCCCCACGACUGCUCCUGCGGUUCCCGCUGUCACCAGUGAGAUUGUAUCUAGCAUUGGUGACAGCUCUAUUUCCACUUUUCCCGAGGGUGUGACUACAACUGUUGUGACUUAUGUGACCGAGACCACCUGUCCUGUGGCCAACACUAUUACUUCGGGUUCUUCCACAUUCGUAACCACAUCCAACACAGUUUCCACAGUGACUCUCACCUCCGUCUCGACGAUCUGUACCAAAUGCACCGCUACCCCUACUGCUGUCACCGAGACUAAUUCUUCUUCAACCGCCAACACAACCCCGGCAGUCCCCGGCGGUGUUUCCCCGGUAUCGAGCCCAGCUCCCUCGGUCCCCUGCCCCAAUACCGUGCCCCAGUGCAUCAACACUUGGCUCACCCUCGCCCCUAAGUGCACAUCCAACAGCGAUGCCUCAUGCUUCUGUCCCAACAGCGAGUUUACCAGCAAAGUCAUCUCCUGCAUCCAAGCCUGGGGUGCCUCCAAAGCAGAGAUCCAAUCUGCCCUGUCCUACUUCACCGGUAUCUGCGCCAGCUGGGUUCCUCAGAACCCAGGCAUCGUGACCGCCAUCCCCUCAACAAUCACCCUUAUUCCGACAGUCGCUCCUUCCGCACUUACAUCCAGCCUCUCGGGCGCCAGUGUCACGGCGACUGCCGUUGCCCCUAUUACUUCCGCCCCCACUCCCCCCUGCACAACCAUCACCUACUCGACCUACACCGUCACCGUCCCGCAAGUCAGCUUCGUCACAACUACCGGUGCUAGCUCCGGCACCGUCCCCACCAUUGGUCUGGUCCCGGCUGGUCCCAGCGGUGCUUCCCCAGCACACAGCGGUAGUGUUCUCCGCCCCGCAACGGCGGCCUGGUUGACCUCAAGCGGGUACCCGUACGCCAGUCGAAGCGCUAGUAGGAGUACUUCGCCCACCGCAUCUCCGGUCUUCAACUCUGCCUCAAGCUUGUCUAUCGCUUCCAGUCUGGUGCUGGCUGCUAUCGUUGCCUUGUUCAGCUUGCUGAUGUAG